CCGAAGCAUUGUGGGAAAGAAAGUGGAGCUGUCGGCCGCUGAUGGCAGCAGACUGCUCACAUUUAACACAAUAUACUUGACUGUUGAGCAGCUUUAGGACGCAGAAACAACAACAUAGUGAUGCUGCUUCACUGAGCUGGUGAAGAAGCGGUGAAGAAGAAGAGCAACAUAUGCUGGAGUCAUCUCUGCUCUGCUGCUCCGCGGCGCUCACAGACUCUCUGUCCAUGGACCGACGCGUUCAUAUCUGCUAAAACAGCACCGUAAAGUCGAGCUACGGAUCUAUCAUCACCGCCGUGCUGUGGUGGAUGGGUUGGUUUCUUAUCGUGUGAAGUUUCGUGAGAUUAUCUGUAGAUAAACGAGGUUAAAAGAUGUCGACCAGCAGCCCUGAAGCCGUGAAGAAGCUGCUGGAGAACAUGCAGACGGACCUGCGCUCUCUGUCCAUGGAGUGCAAGAAGAAAUUCCCUCCAGUCAAAGAGGCCGCAGAGUCUGGCAUCGUGAAGAUUAAGACCAUUGCAGCCAGGAAUACAGACAUACUGGCAGCUCUGAAGGAGAACAGCUCAGAGGUCGUGCAGCCUUUCCUGAUGGGCUGCGGCACCAAAGAGCCAAAGAUCACCCAGCUGUGUCUGGCUGCCAUCCAGAGACUCAUGUCCCACGAGGUGGUAUCUGAGGCAGCGGCGGGGAACAUCAUCAACAUGUUGUGGCAGCUGAUGGAAAACGGAUUGGAGGAGCUGAAACUCUUACAGACGGUCCUGGUUCUGCUGACCACCAACACGGUCGUACACGAUGAAGUACUUUCCAAGGCCAUUGUGCUGUGUUUCCGUCUUCACUUCACCAAGGACACCAUCACCAACAACACAGCGGCCGCCACCGUCAGACAGGUCGUCACUGUGGUCUUUGAGAGGAUGGUGGCUGAGGAUGAGCGAUUCAAAGGUAUUGUGGAGCAUCCUCCUCCUGUCCAGGGAAACACCAACAGGCGGUCUGUCAGUACACUGAGGCCCAGUGCUAAAGAUGCAUACAUGCUGUUCCAGGACUUGUGCCAGCUCGUGAAUGCUGACGCCCCCUACUGGCUGGUGGGGAUGACAGAGAUGACACGGACGUUUGGUUUGGAGCUGCUGGAGUCUGUUCUUAAUGAUUUCCCCGGGGUGUUCCUACAGCACCAAGAGUUCAGCUUCCUGCUGAAGGAGCGGGUGUGUCCCCUCGUCAUCAAGCUCUUCUCCCCCAACAUCAAGUUCCGGCAGGGCAGCAGCAGCGCCGCCUCACCAGCGCCUGUGGAGAAACCCUACUUCCCCAUCUGCAUGAGGCUGCUGCGCGUGGUCUCAGUCCUCAUCAAGCACUUCUACAGCUUACUGGUGACUGAGUGUGAGAUCUUCCUGUCUCUGCUGGUGAAGUUUCUGGAUGGGGAGAAGCCGCAGUGGCUGAGAGCGGUGGCUGUUGAAUCAGUCCACAGGCUAUGUGUGCAGCCACAUUUAUUACGUUCGUUCUGCCAGUCGUACGACAUGAAGCAGCACUCCACUAAGGUGUUCAGAGACAUCGUCAACGCCCUGGGCUCCUUCAUCCAGUCCCUCUUCAUCGUCCCUAAUGCAGGCAACACUGCUGCCAUUAGCGCACCUGCUGGUGGCUCAGGUUCAGGGGCCCAGGGCGCAGCACAGGGCGGCCCAGGGACAGGAGGGGUCAGCGGCAACCUGACCACCCAGGCUGCGUUUGAAUACCGCGGUACCUGGAUCCCCCUCAUGACUGUUAGUGUCCAGGGCAGCGCCAAGGCCACUUAUCUGGAGAUGCUGGACAAGGUGGAGCCCCCGUCCAUCCCGGAGGGCUACGCCAUGUCUGUGGCCUUCAGUGCCCUACUGGACCUGGUGCGGGGCAUCACCUCUAUGAUCGAAAAAGAACUGGCCUCGGAGGAGGAGGCAGCUGCCGAGUUCAGGGAGACUCAUCCUGAUCAGCAGUGGCAGCCACAACCUGGAGCCCAUCUGGUGUGGGAGGAGAUGGUCAGUGCCUGCUGGUGUGGUCUUCUGGCUGCUCUGUCUCUGCUGCUGGACGCCAGCACCGAUGAGACGGCCACGGAGAACAUCCUGAAGGCAGAGCUGACCAUGGCCUCGCUGUGUGGUCGUCUGGGCCUGGUGACGCCCCGCGACGCCUUCAUCACCGCCAUCUGCAAGGCCUCUCUGCCGCCGCACUACGCCCUGACCGUUCUGAGCAGUGCCACCAACCUCUCUGGCAAAGCCUACUCGAUCCAGGGCCAUAGCGUGCAGAUUAUAAGUCCCUCCAGUGAAUCUCAUCAGCAGGUGGUGGCUGUGGGGCAGCCACUCACCUCCCAGCCUCAGGGCACCGUGGUGCUAACUGCCAAGAACAUCCAGUGCAUGCGGACCCUGUUGAACCUGGCCCACUGCCACGGAGCCGUGCUGGGCACCUCCUGGCAGCUAGUACUGGCUACACUGCAGCACUUAGUGUGGAUCCUGGGGCUGAAGCCGGGGGUGGGCGGUGCCCUGAAGCCGGGUCGAGCUGUGGAGGGACCCAGUACGGUGCUGACCACAGCCGUGAUGACAGACCUCCCCAUCAUCUCCAACAUCCUGUCCAGACUAUUCGAGAGCUCCCAAUACCUGGAUGAUGUGUCCCUGCAUCACCUGAUCAACGCUCUCUGUUCCCUCUCCCUGGAAGCCAUGGAGAUGGCUUAUGGAAACAACAAGGAGCCGUCUCUGUUUGCCGUGGCCAAGCUGCUGGAGACCGGCCUCGUCAACAUGGAUCGUAUAGAGAUCCUGUGGAGACCCCUAACCGGCCACUUAUUGGAGAAGGUCUGCCAGCACCCGAAUUCCAGGAUGAGAGAGUGGGGGGCGGAGGCGUUGACGGCGCUCAUCAAGGCUGGCCUGGCCUACAAACACGACCCUCCGCUGGCCCAGAAUCAGCGGCUGCAGCUUCUCUUGCUGAACCCCCUGAAGGAGUUGUCCAACGUGCUGCACGCAGACAUCCGGCAGAAGCAGCUGGAGAGUGUCCUGCAGAUCCUACAGAGCCAGGGAGACAGCCUGGGGCCCGGCUGGCCCCUCGUCUUGGGCGUCAUAGGAGCCAUCCGCAAUGAUCAAGGCGAGUCAUUGAUCCGAACAGCUUUCCAGUGCCUGCAGUUGGUGGUGACAGACUUCCUGCCCACCAUGCCUUGCACGUGCCUCCAGAUCGUAGUGGAUGUAGCCGGCAGCUUCGGCCUGCAGAACCAGGAGCUCAACAUCAGCCUCACCUCCAUUGGCCUACUGUGGAACAUUUCAGAUUACUUCUUCCAAAGGGGCGAAGCCAUCAUACAGGAGCUGGAGAGGGAGGAGGAGGCUCUGCAGAAGCAGGCCCAGGAGAAAGGAGAGACCCUGAACAGGCCCUUCCACCCUGCCCCUCCCUUCGACUGCCUGUGGCUGUGCCUGUACGCCAAGCUGGGCGAGAUGUGCGUCGACCCGCGGCCCGCUGUGCGUAAAAGCGCCGGGCAGACGUUGUUCUCCACCAUAGCUGCCCACGGGACCCUGCUGCAGCAGCCAACAUGGCAUAUUGUGAUCUGGAAGGUGCUGUUCCACCUGCUGAACUGUGUGAGGACGUCAUCCACCACGGCGGACAAGGAGAAGAUUGAGUCCGGCGGCGGGAACAUCCUCAUCCACCACUCGCGCGACACGGCUGAAAAACAGUGGGCGGAGACGUGGGUGCUGACGCUGGCCGGGGUGGCACGCAUUUUCAACACGAGGCGGUAUCUCCUCCAGCAGUUAGGUGAUUUCUUCGAGGCCUGGGAGGUGCUGCUGAACCACAUUCAGUCAGCCGCUCUCAGCAAAAACAACGAGGUCUCCCUGGCCGCCCUCAAGAGCUUCCAGGAGAUCCUACAGAUCGUCACACCUGUCAAAGACUCGGACAGAGCAGCCGACGCAUUCGCUGCUAUCGGCGUUCCCCCAGUGCUCAUUGACCCCCUCUCGGCGUCCGGUCCCGGCAGACCCCUGGUGCGUUCAGAUUCACUACUCGAGCGGUUAACGCGAUACAACGGCGCCGAGCUGCAGGCCCCUCCCCCAGGGGAGGAGUCUGCCCUAGAAGACGCCGCGUUGUGGUGGUCGGCGUGGAACACGUGGUAUCGAACAGGAACAGACAGCACAAGACCGCCCAGUGGCCCGACGGAGAAGUUCUCCUUCAUCCCCAGCCAGCCCUUCCUCACAGCAUUGAUCCAGAUUUUCCCAGCGCUCUACCAGCACAUAAAAGCCAACUUCAGCAUGGAGGAUCUGAAGAAGCUGGGGGUCAUCCUCUUCGGGGCCGUGUCCGUGCCUAUCAGCAGCGACGCCUCGCCCUUCAUCCUCCCCUCCUACACUGAGGCGGUGCUCACCAGUCUGCAGGAAGCUGUGCUCACCUCUCUGGAUGUUUUGCAGAAGGCCAUCUGUGUGGGCCCGGAGAACCUGCAGGUCAUGUACCCGGCCAUCUUUGAACAGCUGCUACUCUUCGUGGAGUUCUCCUGCAAGCCUCCUCAGUACGGCAGGAUGGAAACCAAACACGUGGCCAAUGCCAAAUACAACCAGAUCCAGCUCUUUGCACCGGCGGAAUGGGUUGCCUUAAACUAUGUGCCCUUUGCUGAGCGCUCCUUAGAGGUGUUGGUGGACCUGUACCAUAAAACGGCGUGCCACAAAGCUGUCAUCAAUGAGAAAGUUCUGCAGAACAUCAUCAAGACUCUAAGAAUGCCCUUGGGUUUGAAGUAUGCCUGUCCAUCAGAGAGCACCUGGAAGCUCGCCGUUUCGUCUCUGCUCAAGGUGCUGUCUAUCGGUCUGCCGGUGGCGCGCCAGCACGCCUCGUCCGGGAAGUUUGACACUAUGUGGCCGGAGCUGGCCAAUGCCUUUGAAGACUUUCUUUUUACCAAAAGCACUCCUCCAGAUAACGUGUCCAUCCAGGAAUUUCAGAAGAAUGAAGCCGUUGAUGUGGAGGUGGUCCAGCUGAUCAGCACAGAGAUUUUACCGUUUGCCAAUUUCAUCCCCAAAGACUUUGUUGGGCAGAUCAUGACGAUGCUCAACAGAGGUUCCAUUCACUCGCAGUCUCCCUCGUUCACAGAGGCAGAGAUCGACGUGCGGAUGAGGGAGGAGUUUUCGAAGGUGUGUUUUGAGACGCUGCUGCAGUUUUCCUUCAGCAACAAGGUGUCCACCCCGCAGGAGGGUUACAUCUCCCGCAUGGCGCUCUCUGUGCUCCUCAAGAGAUCGCAGGAUGUUCUCCGACGCUACGUAGAGGAUGAGAGGUUGAGCGGACGCUGCCCCCUGCCCAGGCAACAAGUGACAGAGAUUAUCUUUGUCUUGAAAGCCAUCAGCACUUUGAUGGACUCGCUUAAAAAGACACAGCCAGAAAAUGUGGACGGCAACACAUGGGCUCAAGUGAUUGCUCUGUACCCCACGCUGGUAGAGUGCGUUACAUGCUCCUCGUCUGAGGUGAGCUCAGCCCUGAAGGAGGCCCUGGGGCCGUUUAAAGACUUUAUGCAGCCGCCCGUCUCCAGAGUCCAGAACGGAGAGUCCUGACCAGGCUCACUCAAAUUCCUGUUUUUUUUAUAAUGAAGAAAAUCUUGAAUGUGUCUUCUCGACCCACGUGCUCCACGAGCGCACGGACAUGAACUCCACGUGAGCCCCAUCUACGGUGACAUGAAGCAAAACCCCCCCACGGUGAACAGAGGCCCGCUCGGACCACGUCGUCGACGACCCCGACCUUCAUACGCAUCAUCGUAUGCUUCUCAUGUGAGCUGAUCACGCGUCUGCCCUCCCUCCAUUCUCAUACAGACUGACUGCACUCUUGUGUUAACUACGGAGAUUUAAAAAAAAUAAUAAUAAUUGCAGUGUUGCCUCUGGAUUUAGUUUUGUUUUAUUCUCCCGACGAGGCCGAGUCGAUGUACAGUGUGUGGUGAUAGUGUUGAUGAUGUAAUUAACAAGAAAAACCGGGCUUUAUUGUUCUUAAAAAAUGAACAUUUGCAACAUUUUUCAACAGUGAGGAUUUUAUGCAAGAAAACAAAUCUCACUGUAACAUUCCAUGUCAUCUUCAGCCAGCCAUCUGAGAAGAGAUGUACUUGUCUGUAUAAAAUAAAUGGGACAAUUCUACGAUCA